AUGACGAAUUCAGAGAUCGUUAAAAAGCUGAAAGUGUCUCGUGUUCUCGUUUUUCGAACUGCACAACGCUAUCGGCGUCUCGGUACUUCAGGUGACAUGCAAAGAAGUGGACGUCCAGUCACCGUCACGACUCCAGAAGCAGUCGAAGCCGUUCGAGAGAAAAUCAGACGCAAUCCGGAAAGAAGCAUGAGAAAGAUGUCAAAAGAAUACGAAAUGAGUCGAGAAUCGAUGAGAACUAUUGUCAAGGACAAGCUGAAGAUGAUUCCCUACCGUAUGCAGAAAGGAGCCUUCCUCAAUCAAAAAAACAAGACAUUGCGGAUGGAAAAGGCUCGAAAGCUGCUCGCUGGCACGAAAGAUGGCUCGAAUCUGACGACGCUAUUUACCGACGAGAAAAUCUUCACUGUGGAGGCGAACAAGAACGGCCAAAAUCAUCGGAUCAUCGCUACUGACUAUCAGAGUGCCUGUGAAAAAGGAAAAAUUGUGAAUAAAACUUCGCAUCCGGCUUCCGUGAUGGUUUUCGCCGGAAUUACCGCUGACGACAAAACUCCGCUGAUUUUUGUGGAUUCUGGAGUCAAAGUGAACCAAGUAUACUACAAGGAGUAGAUUUUAAAGUUGAGGGUGUUGCCCUGAGCCACUUCUCACUACGGAAGCCGACCAUGGACCUUCCAGCAAGACGGCGCCCCGCUCAUCGUGCCAAAGGGACUCAAGAGUGGUGUCGCGCCAAUUUUCUUGAGUUCAUCUCGGCUGCUGAUUGGCCUGUUUCCUCGCCCGACCUCAACCCGAUGGACUAUGCCGUGUGGAUAUAUCUGACCGAGAAGGUCUCUUCUAAGAGCUACCCAAGUAUCAAAGCUCUGAAGACCGCGCUCAUCAAGAAAUGGGACGAAAUCGACGACGACUACCUUCGUGCCGUGAUCGAUGCGUAUCCGAAGAGACUGAAGGCCGUUAUCAAAGCUAAAGGAGGACGUUUUGAAAAACUAUUCUUGAAUUUUUGCUUCUAUAUUGUAUGAAUAAAAUUUGUUCCAAGUUUGGUGGUGUUUGGUUGACUUUUGAGAAAGUUAUAACGUUUCAAACGCGUUUCAAUAUUUAUUUGUCACCCUGUAGAUAAGGUAAAACUUCAACAUAUUAAAAAAACUACUUUUUUUAAUUAAUUAAACAACAAAAAGUCCAAACUGAGAAAUCAAAAACAAACUUUCUGAACGAAAGAUGGAUUUCACAGCUUCUUCUCGCUCGACCCACUUUUUGGGAAAAACUUUUUUUCGUGGGCUUUUUUUUUCUCAGUCAAAGUGAUUGAACUAGAAACAAAUCAUACGAAACACGGCUCGAAAAAGGAAAAUGACAAGAAAUUAAUUACAUUCAAAGUUUUGAUCAGUUGAAAAAAUGUAUUCAUACAGAAAAAUUUAAGACAAUAAUAAAAAAUAAGAAAGUUUCCGAAGCUUUUUUUAGAAAAAGAAAAAAAAGGCAUGAAAAGGGUUGAGAAUGUUGAAAAAAAUGAAAAAUCUUAACGAUGCUUCUAGGUCUCAAAUGGAAGCAAAUUCACAAGAAAGCCUUCGUCUUCAAUAUGCUCUUGGAAACUUUGUUGUUUGAACAAAAAAAAAGUAAAUUGCAAAUAUUCCGUUUCACUCGCACUUCCAAAUGAAGCAAAUAAUUAAAAAAAUAUUCUAUAGAAACAAUUUUUUUACUACGAAGUAAAAGAAAGAGCAAAAUACCAAAAUUCAUUCAAGAGUUUCAACUAAUUUCUUGUCUACCUAUAACUUCUUGCUCAGGAAAGACAACGAGUCAUCAAACUCGUCGACAGCUUGCCUGGACCUUACUCGAUUCCGCUUUUGGGCACCACCUGGCAAUUCAAAUGGAAUAUGAAAGGUACUUUUAUGAAAUAAGCCCUCCAAAAGCUUUAACAUCUCUGUUUAAUUUAGCCUAGUGGAGUCCAGCCAAUAAUCUGUGUUAUAAUUUUACCUUAUGACUUGAUCAAUCAUCCUUUUUUUUCUUUAUCGUGUUUCUAGCCUAGUAUAGUUUGAUUAAGCCUGAGCAGAAAAAAAAGUCUUAUCAAUUGUACAUAAAUGGUCUCUGAGUGUUGACUAUUCAGCUUGGAAGUCAGUAAAUAAUUGGAAAAAGAGGAGAAUUUUCAAGAUCUCGUUCUUCAAAUGCGAAGCUGGGGAUUGUUCUACUCAGAAAAAGGACAUGGACUCUUGAGAUUGUGGAUUGGAACGAGGCCAAUGGUUAUUGCGGUCCGGCCUGAAACUGCCAAGGUUUCUUUUUUCAUAAAAUUGCGAGAAAUGAGAACCCUCAAAGUCGAAGAAAAGUUACAACAAAAAAAAAAAUUGAACCGCCUACCGCAGGGGCGGAAAAUAAAUUGUAUUGUACGCAGUGCACGCGAUGCAUAAAAACCAACGCGCAAAAAGCAAAAAUUAAUGUUUAUUAUGACCAAAAUCAACUUUUUUAGACGUUAUUUAUUCAGGAAUCACCGAAAAAAAAUUCUACAAUAUUUAUAUAUUCUAAUGAAAUCGCAUAGGCCUAUAGGAAUCCGUACGGAUUGUACUACGCCGUCUCCGCUGACCAUACUUAACUAUUUUUGAUGGUUUUUUUAUUUAAUAAGAUGAAAAUGGCUGUUUUCCACAGAUAAAAAAUUAGAGUAAAAAGUUUUUAUUAUUUAUUACUUUUUUUAUUGAAAAAGUAAAAGUAAUGUUUUUCAACCGCGUUUUUUUUUUCCAGGUUGAAGCCAUUUUUGAAUUCAGAUAGUUUUGGAAAGCACCGAAUUGAUCACAAAAGGACCGGAAUACGCAAUCCUGAAGCCAUGGCUUGGUACUGGACUACUCAUCGCUUCUGGUUUCAAUGAAAUUCCUCGAUGAAAAAGAAAUUUGAGGUUUUCAGGAGACAAAUGGAGGCACCGCAGGAAGAUGCUGACGCCAUCUUUCCAUUUCAACGUUUUGAAUGGUUUCCAGGCGGUUUUCGACUACCAAUCUAAGGUUUUUAUCAUUAUACGUAGUCUUUCAAAGUUUGAAAAAUUCCGCCCUGUCUUUUUCACACGCUUUUUACCAGUUUCUUUGAUCCUGUUGGUGAAACAGGUCAAAUUGUUCCGAAUCGUGUUGAACUAUUUGAUGGUUUUGCCGUGAAGAAUUGGUCAUGGUCGCGUGUGGAAUAGCUCAAAACUUAGGCGGAACUUUGAAGUUUGUCGGACCCAAAAAGACUUGCGCGCAUCUUUUUUCAUCGUUUUGACUCAUUCCAAGGCUUUUCAAGCCCCUGAAAAUCAAAUAAAUCAUAAAAAAGGUACAGAUUUUAAUAAAUCUCAGAUUCUUCUCGAACAAAUCGAGCCCUUUGCAAAAUCCGGCCAAAUUUUCGACGCUUUUCCUUACAUCAAACGUUGUGCUCUUGACAUCAUUUGCGGUUUGUCUUGAAUAUUUGAAUAUUUAUUUCACUCUGAUACAUAAAACAGCAUGAACUACAAAUAAAGAGACACAGCUUGAGCAAGAAUUACAUCUGAGUGAAAUUAGGACCGGGUUUAAUACGCCCUCACGAGCGAAUUUACCGGUAUAGAGAAUAGGACACGUAGCAGGAUUUUUGAUCACAGUAGACGUAAGGGAAUGUUGGAAAAGAGUUCUUCGUUGCUUAGCGAGUCGAGAAACUUUCUGAAACAGGUGGUAGACGUGUUAGGGUUGAAUGAUCAGAGUCUUUUGUCUUAUUUGAUCUGAAUUAUUUCAUUAAGUUCUGUUCCAGAAACAGCAAUGGGAUGUACAGUGAGCGCCCAGACCAACCAUUCCCAUCCCUACGUCGUUGCUGUACGGGAAAUGAACAUUCUCGCUUUCAAACACGAACGGAUGCCCUGGCUUCAGAUUCCUUUAAUCGCGUUAGUUUUCAAGUGAUUUUCCAAAAACAAGGAAUUUUUCAGCUAUAUCACUGGCUUCAAAUCGGAGUACAACAGAAAUCUGGAAGUUGUCACUCAGUUCACGAAAAAGGUUCUAUCAAUCAAAUCAUUUAUUUUGUUGUUUUAGUCUGAUGUAAUCGACUAGGCGGUGAACAAGAACUUUAAAAGCUAUAACGAACAACCGCCUUUGGCGAGCUAGAAGUCCAAACGUGUAGUCGAAAGAGUUGAAAGCAUGGUCUUACGGUCCUUCGCCUCGUCCUUCUGCGCGUAGUCCAUCCAGUUGCGCCUUGACGAGCUCAGAAUGUAGUGAGUGGUGUAGCUGGAGCCCGGAGACCGUGCUCCAGGUGGAAGCCUCAGAAUUAGAGCGACCACUUCGAGUGAAGAUUUUACACGGAAUAUCCCAAAAUAAAACUCGAAAAAUAUUUUUUUUUAGGUUAUCGAAGAUCGGAUGGCCGAAUUUGAGCAAUAUGGAUGGGUGACGGAAGGAAAAAAGGCGUUUUUGGACAUGCUUAUUGAGGUUUUCGAAAUCAUCUUCUCAACGUUGAUCCCAGUUAUUUCUGAGCCUCAUUAGAAACUAUUGAUAUCUGUUCUAUUCUUUGAUAAAAUGGAGAGUUUGGAUCAAAACUACAUGCGAAAUUUCGAAUAAACUCAAAAAGAUCCUGCUUAGAGGAUUCGAACCUUGGUCGUCAGAUAGCUAGGCUAGCACUUCAACCACUUAAACAUCGGUUAAUUUAAAACAUGUGUUGAGAAACAAUUUAUUGCUAAUUGAAUCUCGAAAAAUGCAGCUUUUCCGACUAGAAGGGAAUGCUUCCAUUUCUCAAGCUUGAAAGAUUUUCAAGACCGAUUUAAUUUCUUCUAGUUGAGCAAGGACGGCGGCCUAUCCUAUGAAGAUAUCCGCGAAGAAGUGGACACUUUCAUGUUCGAAGGCCAUGAUACGACGGCCGCUGGAAUGGGCUGGGCCCUCUGGUGCUUCGCUCACAAUCCUGACUGUCAGAAGAAAGUCCAAGCUGAACUCGACGAGAUUUUCAGUGGGUUUCAAAGGACAACAGCUUUCUCCUGCAUGUAUCAGAUUAAAGAGCAUGGUAAAAUUGGAGAGACCAGACUCGUACACUCCUCGUUUUACACAAUGUCUAGGGGCCUUCGUGGAGAGUGCGAGUCUGUUCUCUCCAAGUUUAUCGCGCUCUCUAAACUAUCGUUCAUUUUUCGGUACUUUGUCGCUUUUUUCUGAGUUCUAGACUUCAUUUAAAGUCCGUUCCCCCUUUCACCUUCCCACCUUAGUUUUUUUUUUUCUUUUUCUUACUCUUUUUUUAAGAGAGCGCAGACAGGUCAGACUGUUCCUAGUCAUGUUGAAUGACGGAUAUUGUUUUUUUAAUAUGUUUAAAAAAAUGAAAACCGAUAUUGUUCAGGCGGUUCGAAUCGAGAAUGCACGGUUGAAGACUUGAAGAAAAUGAAGUACCUGGAGAAAUGCGUGAAGGAAGCUCUUCGUCUGCGACCUUCGGUUCCGAAUUUCUCACGGGUCGUCGAGAAGGACAUUCUUAUUGGUAAGAGAGCGAUGAAAAACAGCUUUUAGUAGAUUUUUUUCUUAUUGAGCACAAAAAAAUCCGUUCAUUAAAAAUAUUUGCAAAUUUUUUUCUCUUAAAAAGGUCAUUAUUUUAUUUUUUUGAAUUCUUUCUCUUUUUUUCUUCCUUUUUUUCCUUUUUUUCUGUAACUUCAACGGAAAGGGAAAAAGAUACGCAGAACCUUCAAACUUUUCGAAAUUGAGAAACAGCCCAUCUUUAAUGUUAGUCAAAUUCAGACUUUAAGUUUAAUCUUUGACCUUUUUAAAACUCAUUUUCAGGGGAAAGUUACAACUUUUAGUGAAUAAAUGAAGCUUAAAAAGUAAAGAAGGCUAUAGUCUAUGUGCCACAACUUGACGCUUCGCGACCGCACGCAGUGGAACAACGGAAUGUCGUUCAGUGAAAUUUCAAAGAGUGAAAUACAGACAAUAAUAUACUUUAACCCUUUUUCUUCAUCACAAAAAUUCCAAUUAAUCUAUUUCAUGACUAAUUUCAGACAAUCACCUCGUCCCGAAAGGAACUUCAGUCCUUGUGGCUCCCCAAAUGAUCCAUUGUAAUCCACAGGUUUGAUUUAAAAGAUCCAAUCUCUAUUGGAUAUCAAGUCAAGGUCUACGACAGAAUAGACGUUUUCGAUCCGGAACGAUUUUCUGAGGAAAAUAUCUCGAAACGACAUCCAUACGCGUACAUUCCAUUCAGCGCUGGACCGAGAAAUUGCAUUGGUUUUUUUUUCCGAAAAUUCUACUUUCAAAUCGCUUUUCCAGGCCAAAAGUUUGCCAUCCAAGAGGAGAAGACGAUUUUGUCGUGGAUUUUGAGACGAUUCGAGGUAAUUCCAAGCUUUUUUGAGGAUUUAUGCAUGAAACGUUGAGGUGAGCGCCGAAAUGGGCUUUUUGGAGAACCUGCCGCUGCCGGAGAUCAUCAUCAGGCCAGAACACGGGUUUCCAAUGAAGUUUAAAACGAGAAAUUGAAAAAGUGCUUUUCAUGCAUUGAUUCUGUAAAUAAAAGUUGGUUUUUUUUCGCUUUGAACUCGGUAAAAAAUCUCGCAGAAAAAGCUCUGUUUCCAAUCGAGAAAUCUACCAAGUCGGGUAGUGCGCCAUUUUUAUGAAAAUUUGGUAGAAAAAAUUACAAAACAGCUAUUUUUUAAUAGGUAAACUUUCAUUCUUGAGUUUAUCGUAGCCUCGAUCUCUUACGUAGCUUAUCUCUCUGAUUGAUCUAGACUCGAUUUUGAAUCGUUUUCCGAUUCUUCCUUUCUUAUUCCGUGUUUAUUGUUUCUCGUUGGAAAUCAACUAGUUCCGUUUGAAAAUUAUUUGAAAAUUUCAUCGUACUGGAAGAAGUUCCCUCACUUAUUACUUUUCCUGUGCUGUUUUUUCGCUGAAUAGUGACAAUAAAAGAAAAAAUUCAUAUAGACUUCAUAAAACAGUGUUCUCACGGAAACUUCUGAGACGAACUUUUCAGUGUGAAAAUUGGCGGUUUUUCGAAAAAUUCCUUGAAAACUAACUCCAGAAGGUCCCUCCACCUGCGCAAUCUUAUUUGGUUUAAAGAUACGAUUUUUCAAAACUCUGAAUGGUUGUAAGCCUAAUUGUCACAUACCUCGCUUCAAAGCAUCAAGAAAGGUUCGAGAACUUCGAAAAAAAUUUUGUCAAUUAUUUUGUCGGGAAAACCGGCUAAACUGAAGCUUCAAAGUCGAUAACCUUCAGUAUUUUCUGAUUCAUUCUUCAAAAAAAUUUUUCUCAUGAGCGUCGGAACAGAGUGAAGGUCCUUUUGAGAGGGCUUCUGGAAUUUUUCUGACUAGGGAACAUUUUUAGCCCCCCGGCAGAACUUUUUUGAUGAAUCUUAAAGUACUUUAGGAUCUCGGAAUUCCAGAAAAAAAAGGAAAUACAUUUUUGCAACAUAUCUGGUUUUUGAUUCUUUGAAUGCUUGAAAUAGUGUUUUUUUUUUGUCAAAAUUAGCGUAUUUUGCCAACUAUUCAUCGAAAACAAGGUCUAUUGCAAGACAUGUUUUCUCGUUCUGGAAUAAAGAGUUCCUAUAGGGCAUUUCAGCCUAGUUUCAUCGAACGUAACCGUGAGUAAAAACGUUUUCUAGUUAAAAUUUCGCGCAAACAUUCUCCGAUGAACGUCCUUCAAUUGGCCACCGUUUUAUUUUUCGAGAGAUUUUUUUCAAGUUCGAGAAUAUUGAUUCAUUUUUUGGACUCGAUUCUGUGUACAACGGUUCCUAUGAGUUUGUGAAAAUUUCCAAUACAAUUUUGUCCAAUAUUUCAGUGAACUCCAUACUUUUGCUUUGAACAUCGGACUCUCGAUAUUCCUUCUACUUUCCCUUUUUUUCGUGAUUGUGAAAAAAUCGAAAGCGGUUUUCACGUUUUCUCACACACAUCUUUACGUCAAGGACGGCGGAAUAAGGAGUCUAAAUCCGGAUUUUGGGGGCCAAACACACGACACGAGGUCGUUUCAGUAUGAGAAAAAUGGGUUGCUUGGGAACGCCUGAGUCCCUAUUAGGGGGUUAGGGUCAAAAUAAAUUCAAGUUCUCCGUAUGAAAAUUCUUUUGUCUCAUAGAGCUCAUAACAAUAAACUACAAGCGGGAAUGCCACUUUUGCCCUAGAAAUGCCGUAAAAUGCCCUAGAAUGCCCUAGAAUGCCCUAGAAAUGCCCUAGAAUGCCAUAGAAUGCUCCAGAAUGCCCUAGAAUGCCCUAGAAAUGCCCUAGAAUGCCCUAGAAAUGCCCUAGAAUGCCCUAGAAGAGCACUUUUGCAAGCUUCAGUGCUUUCUAUAGGGAUGAGGUGGUUCUGGAUAACCUAACAGUCCCCUAUAGGGACCUCUCUGGCUAUGUAAAACAGAAUUCCUGUCCAGCGCUGCUAGUUCCCAAGCUAUCAAUUGGCAGUGUUCACAGACUACGAUGACCACCUGCGCAGAUCGAUCGCCCCUCCCCCCCACCUUUCCGAACACUUGACCACUUGACCACACUCUCGCCUAUUACUCGGAUAUCUCGAUCUAUUGCUUCCGUUUAUGGUCACGUUUUAUGGUCGUGCGUUUCUACGGCGUUGUUUCAAAUGUUUCUUGCCGUCUUCCUUGUCUUUUUUUUUCAAUGGAAAAAUUUCUCGCCUUUCAAGAACUUCGGAAUUGAACGGAUUCUCAAGUCCCUUAAAAAGUUUCCUGAAAAAUCACUCCUUUCAAAAGUCGAUUAUCAAUCUUUCAGAGACUUAGAAAGUUCAUUGCAUGAACUAAAAAAAAACCUGGUAAAUUAUUUUUUUUUCCGGUUCAACUGUUCAAUGAGCUAUUCUUUAAUGAAAAUCCGUUAUUUUCGAACUGUCAAUAUCCUUUUUGUUCUCAACUUCAAAUUGAUCUUCACUUCUUAAGUUUUGAUUCGUUUUUUUCCUCCAGAUGGAGUCCAAUUUCUACAACAUCGAGCCAACUUUCCAGCUUCUCAUCCGCAGCGAAAACGUUCCAAACAUUUGGGACCUUGUAAGGAUUAUUUAUUUUUACUUAUGAAACUUUAAUAGAGAAAAUCAUUGAUAUUGAGGCUUAAUAUCAUCCUUUUUUCUAGAUCGACCAGGUCACAUGCAACGACGAUUUGCUGUCAUUGGUUUUUGAGAGCGAAUUUUUGAAGUAUCUUCGACAUAAACCUGAAGUUCGGCAGUACCUUUUGAAUGGUUUAUGGUCGAUUUGUCGCAAAAUGCAGCGAUUCGAUAUGAAGUGAGCUUUCGAAAUAGAUAAAUAAUGUUUUGAUGUUUUUUUUCUUACCAUUAGAAUUCAUGAACUCUUAGCAGUUUGAUGUCCUAAAUUUUUUCUUUUCUUGACGAUUUUUUUGGGUUUUCAUGUUAUUUUAUGUUUCUAUGGACUUGCCGGUGAGGAAAAAGAAAUGGGAACAACCCCUGUAAGGAUCGAAAAAGUGGUCCCUUCAGGGGUUUAUUAUUUUUUUUUCAUUUCUCUGAAAAUUUUAGUGGCCACUAUAAGGUUUUGACGUUUUUGUGGUCACUAGAGUAGUCAAAUUAGUGGCCACUAUAGAGGUCUAAGUGCUACUACCAGACCACCAAAAGUUUUAGUGGCCACUCUAGGGGUCAAUGAAUCAACAUUACUGGUCCAAUCUGGUUUUUUUAAUUAUCAGAGUGACUGGAAGGAAUACUGGAUGAAAAACUACUUAAGUGCCCACUAAAUAGAGAACCUCUAUAUCGGCCGCUAAAACGGAAAAUAAUGGCCACUAAAACGGAAAAUAGUGGCCACUUUAGUGUCCUCUCUCAGUAGUCCUUGGCGAGCCUCUAUAGUGGCCACUAAAAACUUUCACAGUUCUCAAAAACCGCCUAUUCGUUUUUUUUUUUCUAUGUAAAUGCUUCUCCCCUUAGAGUUCAGAACAAUUAUCGGCUAGCAUGUCCCCUACAGUGGUCACUAACUAAAACCCCUACAGGGACCACUUUUUCAAGCUUUAGAGGCCCCUGUUAGAGUUAGUGAAAUGGUCGAAGGACCCCUUAAGGGCCCUAAGGUUGCCCCUAUAAGGACCACUCUGAGAUUCCUAAGUAGACGGAUAGAGUGCAAAAAAGACCUUCUUGAAAACUUUUAUCUUGAAUCAGUUGACCUUAAAGUGCAAAUAUUCUGAUUUUACUUUAAUUUUAAAAUGUUUCCAUUUUAGUCACACCGCCAGACAAUUCUGGGAGCUGAAUGAUCGCGUCACCAGCGUCAGAUCAUUUCUGGAGGCGUCUUUUCCGUUCAUUUUCGGAAGAGAGAAUCCUCUUGGGGUCUCUUUUCUUUGGGUUGGUUACUUCUCGUUUUCAGAGUCCAACUAACUUCUGCUUUUUCAGUUUACGGAUGGGAUGAACCUCCGUUCGGUGCACACUUACGAUAGUCCUCCUCUGCUUCCAAUAGGUUUAAGAUGCAUUAUGAAAGCUGUGAAUCGAUUUAUAACUCGAAAGAUCGUAUCCUCCAAAACAAACCUUGAAAGCUCACAUGUUCAGAAAAAAAUCCAAGUUUUUAAGCUUAAAGCGCAUUUAUAGCCUGUGUACCACGACUUGGAAUUUCACCAAACGACAUUCCGCUGUGCCGCUGCGCGCCUUUGGUCGCGCUUUUAAUUUUUUUUUUUUUCUAAGGUACUCUACUUUCAUGUGUUCUCACAGCAAUAACAAUCAAUUGAAAGCGUGACUUAGAUUCGAAAGACGCUUCGCGAACGCACGCAGCGGAACAGCGGAAUGUCGUUCCGUGAAAUUUUCAAGUCGUGGCACACAGACUAUACGAACUUAAAUUUUCAUAAUAAGAAUGGCCUUCCAACCAUGAAAUCCGUGAUAAAUCUGAUUCUAGUCAAAAUUUGUUGAUUAAUUCUUUAUACCACUGUAUUUUGCUAUUGACUUUUUUGAAAACCCGAAUUUUUCAGAAGGAAAUUUCGCCUAUCUCGAAAGCUUGAGCAAAAAUGGAAAAGAGGGAAUAAUUAUUCGACUCCAAAACUUUGUGAGAAGAGUCGCCUUGCAACUGCUCAGGUUCAAAAUCUGAAUACACCUCUUGGAAAAGAAGGAAAAGUUCAGAUGUGUUCUGAGCUGCCAACGAAUGAGUCGAAGGACGAUCGAAGCGGUUUAUGAUGGGAGCUAUGAACUAUCGGAACUAUCGGAACCGACGGAACAAGAGAGCUAUUCCGCAGAAGAGACGGGGCCGCCUCUCAAGAGGUCUCGACUCGAGAAUAAUACGCCGGUUAGUUUUUUUGGUGUAAGUUGAUAGGUAACAAAUCACUGGAAUGGAGAAAUUUUCUCAAAAUGAGAGAAUUUUCACAAAAAUGGUCUCGCAACGAUUAGAAAAAAAAACGCGUGGAAAAGGAUCUUGAUAAUUAUUUUUGAAAUGCUCGUUGUGAAUGAACUUCAGCUACCAUUCCUACUUUCUUUGAAAAAAAUCAUCCCUUGAUUGAAAAAAAUUAUAAAAGCUCACGAAUACUUUAAACUUUAGAAAAGUGGCGUGGUCGGAUUAGAUUAGACCGAAGUUUGGCAUUUUCCAAAAAUAAUUUUAUAUAAUUAUCUUUACAAUCUUUAGUCUGAGUAUCAACCUUUCUCAUCGUUCAAAUAUUUUUAGGAAUCGGCAGUCUUGGAUGAGGAUAAUGAGCCACAAGAAGAAGAAGAACCAGUACAAGAACAAGAUGUGAGAUUUUUUUUAAGAUCCUUCUCAUUGAUUUUUGUCAGGAUGAACAAGAGGAACCGGAAACAGCGCAAGGAUAUCGCCAGCCAGAAAACAACUAUUUUGUAAGUCUAUCGUUUGCCUUUCUUAUUAAAAUCGAUUUUUCAAGGAAGAAGAACGACAAGAAGAUCAAUCAGGAUCUCGAUUUGUAUGACAUGAAUUCGUAAAAAACAUAGCAAAGUUAUUUUUUAGGAACCUAGGAGUCAGUCAACUCCACGACGGCGCAGAAACGUUAGUUUUUUUCAAUCCUAAAUUUAAAACGAACAAUUUUUUUACAGGAAGACCGAGAAUGUCCCGAACAAGAGCCUGAAAAUCCUCGUCAAGAAAAUAACUAUCACGUAUGUCCAUCAUUGAGUUUUUUUUAAACUAAAUUUUUAAGGAAGAAAAUCGACAGGAAGACCGGCGCUCGGCGUUCCGAUUUGUGAGUCUUCCCUUUAUUCAAACUGAAUUAAGCAGAAUUUUUAAGAUACCCGGGAAUCAUUCGACACCGCGAAGACCGGAAACGAAUGUGAGUUGGGCUUUUUAAAAACUCCGAAAAAAAUCCUUCUUUUGAUCUUGCUUUUUUAAUUGAAAUUGUUUUAGGCCGUACAUGGUGAAAAAGCGCUAGAUUCAAUUUAUGUUUUUUUUUUCUAGAUUUGUCUUUUGCUCUAUAAUUUUGAUAGUGUGGUUACCAUCCUUCUUGCGGAAAUUUAAAAACUUGAAAAAAAAAUGGAUCUUACAGCAAGAACAACGACAGGCUCCAGCACUCCCAAUUCCACCUUUUGUUGAUCCGAAUAGUGGCCCCAGCUCGUAUGAAAGUCAAUGGAGGUGAGUAUUCUUUCAGAAAAAAAAAUGAGAUUAGACUUCUCAAAGCUAGAAAAAAAUCUGUUUUCUGUUUCAUUCCUUUUCAAUUUUUUCAAUGAUUUCAGACAAUUAUGGGAGUACAACAAGUACCUUCAAAAUCUCGCACAUACGCUCUACACAAGGAAUCAGUAUUUGGAGAACAGACUGGCCUCGAUUCGAACCCUCACAAAUCCAGAAUAAGACUUUUCGGAAAACAAAUUGA